AGAGAGAGUGUAGUUGCAAUUUGCAAAUGGCGAGCGUAACAAUACGACCGUCUUCUUCAACAUCGACACAUCUUAUCCACAACCUUCUCCGACAUCCUCAACCACUGUCUUCCUUCUGUCUCUUCUUCAGACCGUUUUCCUUCUCCGCUUUAACCUGUCAAUCCAGCCGCCGUAGUAACAAAACUCACUUUCAGUCAAUCUCUUCAAAACCGCUUCCUUCUUCACUCGUAGUGAAAUCCUUCUCUGCCGUCGAUGAGCCAGAUCUCGGAGAAGACGAAGAAAGCGAGGAAGAAGAUUACAGCCAAGAAGAAGAAGAAGAUGAGGUGGAGAGUGAGGACUCAGAAGCAGUUUCUGAGAUGGGAUUAGGAGAAAAGGAGGAGAAGAUAGAGAAGAUGAAGAAGAAAGCUAGGGGCUCGGGUUUGAAGCUGACGAUAAAGGAGAAGAAGGAAUUGGCUUCUUACGCGCAUAGUUUGGGUGACAAGUUGAAAUGUCAACUUGUCGGAAAAUCUGGUGUUACAGAUUCAGUUGUUUUCUCAUUUCUGGAGACUCUUGAGAAGAACGAGCUCUUAAAGGUGAAGAUACGGAAGACAUCUCCAGAGGAGCUAGAGGACGCUGUUAUGCGUUUAGAGGAAGCAACAGGUUCAGUAGCAGUGGGGCAAAUCGGGAGGACGGUGAUAUUGUACCGGCCUAGUCCAACCAAAAUGAAGGCAGAGGAGAAGAAGAAGGAAGUUGAGAGGUUGUCUAUUAGAAGGAGACAGAAGUUCUCAAACUCUAGACCCAACACUCGACCUUUUAGAAGAGAGUAUUCAGAGAGACCUGAUGGACGUGGACGCAGAGGAGGAAGUAGAGUUGCAACGGCUUGAUUUAUUAUUAUUAGCUCGGUUUGUUUUGUUAUCACCUAAGAAGACUACAAUCACAAACACGUUCUCAUUGAUCUGUAAGCCAAAUCCUCCAUUGUUGAGCAGGUGUAACCAUUUUUGAGACAUAGAGAUUCUCUUUUAGACACUCCAAAGCACAUCGAUGUCUCCUCUCUCCACUCCCAUCUCCUUGUUCACGUUGGGAGAGGACACAGACACAGAAGCCUUUUAACUCUUUUGGGUUGCAAUCUAGCAUUAAAUAUCCAUCCAAUUAUGAUCCCUUUUUAUUUACCUCAAGAAUAAAAUUUGAAACAUAUUUCCC